GUUUCUUCUUCUACAUAGCAUUUCACACUGUGUCAGAGCCUGUGUGUGUGAGAGAGAGAAGUAGAAUGGAUAAGUCCAGGAAACAUUUUACUGAUCUUAUAGAUAAAGGAAUAGCGGCUGCCAAUUUACUGCCUCGUGAUAAACUGCUGUUUUCUUACAAUGGAAUUCUCUACCCUGUCACUAUUUGUAGUCCUGAAACAUUCAGAGCCUUGGAGUCCUUUGAAGCCAGAAGUGAUGAUGUAAUUUUGGCAGGAUACCCUAAAUCUGGCACAAACUGGCUAAGUCAAAUCUUAACUGACCUGAUAACCAUAUCCAAAAAGAAAACACAGGAUAGAGAAAGCGGUGUGAGUGAUAAAGAACAAGAAUUCCCCUACCUUGAAGUUGGAGAUGCUGAGAAAUAUGAGCGAAUGACCAAAUUACCUUCUCCAAGAUUUAUGGUUACUCAUCUCCGUCCUGAAAACCUUCCCAAGUCUAUCUUCAAAAAUAAAGUCAAGAUAUUGUUAUUGAUUCGUAACCCAAAAGAUUUAGCUACAUCUUUUUACCAUUUCUCCAAUGGCCUGGCUAUUCUUCCCUCCUAUGAGACCUGGGAUGAUUUCUUCACAGAUUUCAUGACAAAGAAAGUGGUCUGGGGAUCCUACUUUGAAUACCUUUCCAAAUGGAACAAAUAUGCUGAUGAAGAAAAUGUUAUGACAAUAACUUAUGAAGAGCUAAAAGAGAAUCGUGCCCUGGGUGUGAAAAACAUAGCUGCUUUCUUAGGGAUUUCAGUGACUGAGGAGGAGCUUCAGCUUGUGGUAGAGAGGAGCAGCUUUCAGUCAAUGAAGAAGAACUCACAGAAGACCCAUGGGGAAUCUGGCAACCUUUUUUUUCGCAAAGGUGCUGUAAGCGACUGGAAGAAUCUUUUCAGUGAAGAUCAGAAUGAGAAAAUGGACAAAGCAUUUGAAGAAUAUGUAGGAGGAACUAAACUCGGAAGAAAGUUAAAGUAUGAAGUGUACUGUAAAGCCUGAAGAGUAAAAAAAUGUGGUCAGAACAAGAACUUCUCAAGGCACACGCUGAUAACCUGAAUACUAUAUACUGGAAAAUUAGAUCAAAUUAUCAAAGCACCUUAAAAUUACUGUAGUAAACACAUUGCAGCAGCCUUUAUAGUGACAAUGAUGAAUAGUAGGCUUUUGUUUUAUGGUGAGAUCUUUGGCUUGCUUUGGCUACACCCAUUUGCUGAAAAACGUGUCAACUAAUCAUAUUCACAAAAAUUCAACAGCCCUGUUCCAGUAGCUGUCACCUGGAAGGAAAUGCCCCUUUUCUUUCUAGCCAAACCCCAUCUUUCUAGACUAUUUUGUAGUUAUUUACUGUGCAGAUAAUUUUUUCUUCAAAAAUGUUUCAAAUCAAGCAACAUCUUCACAGAAAAGAUUACUAGCAAAAAUAUGGAUCUGACACAAACCUAAUGACAAAGGAUGUCUUCCAUGACUUCAGCACAAACUGGAUCAGAGCUAGAGGGAGAAGAAAGAAAGGGAAUGAGGAUCAGCAUUCUUAAGGAUUUUAAUCUCUCUGAAUGCAAAAAAUCAGGAUGGAUUUCAGAUUAUGGGCUGGUGUCAACCGGAAAGAUUUGCUCAGAAUCACUGCUUUUAUGGGAACAUAGAACAGCCCAGGAUGUUGAAAAAUGAUACGGUCCAACCUUUUGUGAGAAAGGGAGCCUAGGUGAGAUUAUUGCAUCUUGAAGACCUCCAGUGAUGAGGACAGAUUCUACCACAUUUCUGGAGAGGUUGUUCCAGUGAAUGAUUGUUCUCACUGUGAAAAAUUUUUUCUUAUAUUAAGAUGAAACCUCUCCUGAUGCAAUGUGAACCCACUGCCUGUUACCUUCUCCAUAUGGCUCCUUGUGAAUAGAGAACCUCUGUCCUCUAUGUUGCUGCCCUUUAACUACUGAAAUACUGUGAUGAGGUUGUCCCUGAGCCUUCUCAUCCUUUUGAUCCUCCUUCAGAACCCCUCCAGUUUGUCAGUGUCUUUCUUGAAAAUGGUUCUGUUGAGAGAGUGGGAUUGCCAAGAGUGAUGGUGCGAGACAUUACUAUACUCAGCAAUAUUGUACUGCCAUUGCUAUUUGGCACUGUGGACACCGUAUUUCAGACCUGUCCAGAGGCGGAUUGCACUUCAGCCACCUGUUCUGGAAAAAGAAACAAAAUGAAGUUCUUUAGGAACAGUUGAAUUAAAACCAGGAAAAACCACACCCAAUUUAUAGAUUCACCACUAAGCAGAUAAGAAAUAGAAAUAAAAGAUACACUAGGGAAUAAUAAAGUAUUCUUUGACUUUUUGCUUCACUCUUUUAAAGCAUGUUGGUUCUGCCUGGACAUAUGUAGACAUGUAGAGUUUUGCAAAGAAAUAGGAAUGCUAGAAAUAAAUGAUUGACUUUUAAGUCUGGAGAUCAGAAUAGACGACUGAAAGUACUUGAGAAAAUGGGGAAACAAUUUGAAAGAACAUAGCAAAUUGAAAAGAUUAGCAAACACAAAGAUCAGUAAAGGUAAGCGUAAAACACUACAUUUAGAAAAGAGAAAGCAAAGGCACAGGUACUUAAUGGGGGUAAACCAGUGAUGCAGGAGUUGGCAUGAAAAGACCUGAGGAAUCACACUCAACAAGAACUAACAUGGUGACAGUGCUGGAAAAAAAUGACCAAAUCGUACUCAGGUCUACUGUAACAGGAGUACCAUACCUAGAACACAGGCAAUAAUUAUUACAGCCUCUGUUUGCAGGUCAGUCUUAACUGGAGAAUGAUGCUCUGCACAGACUGCAAAGAAAUUUCAUCUGUCAGGGAAAAGAUAAUCAUGCUUGAUACUUUAGCAGUACAAGGUGAGGACUAGAAAUUCACAUAAAGUCCCUUCUAGAUCUAUACUUGUAGGCAUCUUGUAAUAUAGCACACCAGCUUUCUGCGUUCUUACUGAUCCCUUGUCCGUGCCCCUUUCUUGCUUGAAUUAUAUUUUCACCAAACACCCCAGUUUAUGGAACAGGCAAAAGUCUAUCAAGUCUGACUUCUUAUGUGAUAAUUUGCCCCCCAUUAGAUCCACACCAGAGUUUAGAGUUGCGUUCUGGGUUCUCACUGGCUGAAUCCCAUUGUAGCUUCAUGGCAGCUUUUGGGUUUUCAGACACUGAUACCACACAAGAGCCUUCCCUUGCAGUGAGGCUUUCCAGACCCAAUGGACUUUGAGAAGUAAAUCUGCGUAUCACAUUUAUUUUAGUUGAGAAGGUGAAAUCAUUAAUCUUAAAAAACUGUUACCUUUGUAGCAUUUUUGGGUGAGAGAUUAUGUAGGUAGUUGUUACUGAGUCUGGAAACAAUCUUUGCAAACACUGGAUGCUACACUGCUUCCAGGGGAAAGACAAGCUCUCUGGGUAAUUCCUCAAAUAAAAAUACAU